CUGUCCAGUUUCAAACCGCUCCUCCAAAGUCAACUCCUCUCUCUCUCUCUCUCUCUCUCUCUCUCUCUACUGCAUCAUCUUCUUCUUCCGCUUCUCUCUCCCUCUCACAGUCUCUUUGCGGAUCAAUUAGGCCAUGAAAUAUCGGUUUUGGAGCUUUUGAAAAGCAGGGGAAUUUGAAAUUUCCUUUUCUUUUGUUUUGUUUCUGUUUAUUCAUUCUUUGUAUGGGCAACGGACUGGGGAAGCUCACCACCUGCUUCAGCAGCAGCGUCGGGGAGUCUCGCCGGCGGCCGGACUUUCCCGUUCUGAUUUCAGACCCUCUCGAUGAAGGGUUAGGCCACUCUUUUUGCUACGUCCGACCCGACCCGUAUCGACUAUCUUCCUCUAAGGUUCACUCCGAAGAGGCCACCACUUUCCGAUCAAUCUCAGGGGCCUCCGUGAGCGCCAACACAUCGACGCCUCUGUCCACGGCGUUCGUCGAUCUCUAUUCCUACACCACUCUCGAUCGGGCAUCGGCUUUCGAGAGCUCAACUUCCUUCACCUCCAUGCCCUUACAGCCUAUCCCCCGAAAUUUGAUGAAUUCGGGUCCUUUACAGGGGAUUCCUGGAUCUGGACCACUCGAACGUGGAUUCUUGUCCGGCCCGAUCGAGAGAGGGUUCAUGUCGGGACCGCUCGAUCGCGGGAUGUUCUCGGGUCCAAUCGAAAAGGGUUCGUCGGAUCAGUUCCAAAGGAGCUUCUCACAUGGGGGUUUUGCGUUAAGAUCCAGAUCGACAAAGGGGUCUUUGAUUCGGGUCCUCCAGAGGGCGAUCUCGAAGACGAUAUCUCGAGGGCAGAACUCAAUUGUUGCUCCGAUCAAAGGAGUCGUUUCGGUGAAGGACCCGGCUUGGAUUGUCGGGUCGGAGAAGAACAAUGAGAAUCUGACUGUGAGCAGUCUCAAUUUGAGCAGUGAUGGGAGCUUGGAAGACUAUGAUUCUUUGGAGAGCCAGAAUCUUCAAUGGGCGCAGGGGAAGGCCGGAGAAGACAGAGUUCACGUCGUUGUCUCGGAGGAGCACGGGUGGGUUUUUGUGGGGAUUUAUGAUGGAUUCAACGGCCCUGAUGCGCCCGAUUAUCUUGUGUCCAAUCUCUACUCUGCAGUUCACAAGGAGCUCAAGGGAUUACUGUGGGAUGACGAGAAGUUUGAUUCCUCCCCGGCUGCCGCUCCCCCGGCGACCCCUGCUUCUUCCGAUGAUUGGAAUUAUUCAGAAAUGGAUAAUUCACAUCAGUUUGUGGACAGCGAUUUCCCGAGGAAUCGAACAACCGAGGGUUGUUCCCAAUGUGAGGAGCAAGAAAAUUACCCAUGUGGAAGCGGUGAGAAUUUUGAUCUGAAUUUGAAGAGGAAUAAGCAGGGGAAGAAUUUGAGGAGUAAGUGCCGAGGGGCGGGGAAGAAAUGGGAGGAGAACCAGAGGAGGUGGAGAUGUGAAUGGGACCGCGAGAGACAAGAGCUCGAUCGAAGAUUGAAGGAACAGCUGAAUCGAUCGGGUUCGGAUAGAUCAAAAGCCAUUAAUCAUUCAGAUGUACUGAAAGCUCUGUCUCAAGCAUUGAAGAAAACAGAGGAGGCCUAUUUGGAGAUUGCAGAUAAGAUGGUUGUGGAAAAUCCUGAGUUAGCUUUGAUGGGUUCUUGCGUUCUUGUGAUGUUGAUGAAAGGGGAAGAUGUUUAUGUGAUGAAUGUGGGUGACAGUCGAGCUGUGUUAGCUCAGAAGGUGGACACUGAUUUUUGGCUUGCAAAAAUCCGCCAGGAUUUGGAGAAGAUCAAUGAAGAAACAAUGCACGAUCUGGAAGCUUCGGACUGUGAUAAAUCCAAUGCUGUAGCCUGUUUAACUGCUUGUCAACUCACCAUGGAUCAUAGCACUUCUGUGGAAGAGGAAGUUAAAAGAAUAAGGAAUGAACAUCUGGACGAUAUUUGUGCUGUGAUAAAUGACCGUGUGAAAGGCUCGUUGAAGGUCACUCGGGCUUUUGGUGCUGGUUUUCUCAAACAGCCUAAAUGGAACAAUGCGCUCCUGGAGAUGUUCAGAAUCGAUUAUGUAGGGACUUCCCCAUACAUCACCUGUUUCCCAUCUCUAUACCACCACAGAUUAGGCCCGAAGGACAGGUUUUUGAUAUUGUCCUCCGAUGGUCUCUACCAGUACUUCACGAACGAGGAGGCUGUUUCCGAGGUUGAGCUUUUCAUCACCUUGUCACCCGAAGGCGAUCCAGCACAGCAUCUGGUUGAGGAACUGCUGUUCCGUGCAGCGAAGAAAGCUGGUAUGGAUUUCCAUGAAUUGCUUGAAAUUCCACAAGGGGAUCGGCGAAGGUACCAUGACGAUGUUUCCAUCAUCGUCAUCUCCUUGGAGGGGAGGAUAUGGCGGUCUUGGGUAUAAGCAGCAGCAGCAGCAGCAGCAGCAGGGAGAGCCCAGCUAUAGAAAAUAUAGAGAAAUCAGCAAAGGCAUUUCCAUUUUUGGUUUCCUUUUUUCAUUUUUCCGAUAUCCUGGCCAUCAUUGUAGGACCCCAAUUAAGCUCCAGAGUGCCUGAGAGACUUGGUUGUGUAAUUUUACCUGGGUGAUGAGGGGUGUAAAGGUGUAAAAAACUGGUUCAUGUUGAUUCUGUGAACUGUCAUAUAGAAUUGUAAUUUUCUAAUCAAUAAAAAAAAUGCAAUUCCUUUCGAAA